AGUAUACUAAAGUGAAGUAGUGAACAAUGUUAAUAAAAGCACUUUUGCUGGUCGUGGUUGUUGUGGCGCUAGCCAGCGCUGAGAAAUACGAUGGGUUUAAAGUUUUUGAAGUGACUCCCACAACAGCUGAACAAAUUGAGGCUCUUACCACACUCUCUGAAGAUGCGGAUAAAUUUGAUUUCCUGUCUCGAAGUCGCAUAUCCGGCGAAAGUGCACGUGUGCUUAUCUCGUCCGAAAUUGAGAAUUACUUCAAAACAAUACUUGAACAGAAAAAUAUUAGCUAUAAACUCGAAGAUGCAAAUUUCGGUCGCUCUUUAGAUAUCGAAAUCUUGGAAAACCGUCUACUGCGUCAGUUGAAACCUUACUCCGGUACCGGUCGUCUCGGCACUGAGCGUUAUUACAGUCACGAAGAAAUUAAUGCUUACUUGGAUGACUUGGCUGCACGUUAUCCAUCACGUGUAACACUCAAAGUUGUUGGCAAGUCUUACGAAGGUCGUAUUUUGAAAACCAUCACCAUAACAAAUGGCGACGGUCGUUUGGGUAAAAAUGUUAUCUUGAUGGAUGGCGCUUUCCAUGCACGUGAAUGGAUUUCACCAGCAUCGGUGGUUUAUGCUAUUGGUGAAUUGGUUGAGAAUUUCGAGAAAAAUGCUGAGCUAUUACAAGAUUAUGAUUGGGUUGUGUUGCCUGUGGUCAAUGCUGAUGGUUAUGAAUAUUCACAGCUGUCAAGCAGCACACGUUUAUGGCGUAAGACACGUCAACCGGUGACAGUGAGGGGCAGGACAUGCUAUGGUACUGAUCCUAACCGUAAUUUCGAUUUCCAUUGGUUGGGUAAAGGCGCAUCUUCGAAUCAUUGUUCCAUUACCUACGCUGGCCCGAAGGCAUUUUCGGAACCCGAAGCUGUUGUCGUACGUGACCUUAUUCACACGUACAGCAAUCGCGGUAUUAUGUAUUUGACUGUCCAUUCAUAUGGUAGCUAUCUGCUGUAUCCAUGGGGUUAUACGAGCGCACUUCCAGAAACUGCUGACGAUUUGCACGAAGUUGGUUUGGCUGGCGCAAAUGCUAUCAGAGCAUACAGUGGUUCCAGGUAUUCUGUUGGCUCGUCAACUAGUCUGUUGGGUGAGGCUGCUGGUGCCAGUGAUGACUACGCUUUCCAAGCUGGCUUCCCAAUUUCAUUCACUAUGGAAUUGCCACGUGGUGGUAUCUAUGGCUUUGAUCCACCAGCAUCUUCUGUUGAUCGUCUGGUGAAAGAGACUUGGGUCGGCAUUCGUGCUAUGGGAAAGAGAGUGAUUGAGAAAUAUCCAUUAGCAAAAAGCGUUAAUUUGUAAACAAUUUACUGCUUUUGAAACAAUGCGCUUUGCUAGCCGAGUUCAUUUUGGCGACUUAGUGACUAAUCGAAACUUCUCUUUUCGAUACUUCUUUUUAGCAACCUAAUCAGCUCGCACGCAAAAGAUGGCUCGUGGUAGGAUUUCAGGAAAUCUUCAAAGAUCCCAAGAACUAACACGAGCCGAAAACAGUGUUUAGAGUAUAUUUUUUUAUAUAUAUCCAUGAUUUGUUAUUAUAUGUAAUUCAUUUGGUUUUGAAAAUUAAUAAGUUAAUGAUCUCGGG